AUGGACAUGGUGUCCAACAAGACGACACAUCAACGAGUGACAAAACAUGAACGAAAACGCACCACAAGCGAUGUACACGAUGGAAUAGAAUACAACAAAAAGUUACGUAAAAUCAACAAGGAGUUCCUGGAAAAAGUCACACCACCGCCGAGUCCAAGCGAUGCGAUGAAAGCCAGUGAUGGAGGAGGAAAUGAACCCGACGUCGUGCCAUCGGAUCCCGCAUGCGAUCCAGAACAUCCGAAAAAAAUCUGCUUCUCAGACGUUUCCAGCGCUGCUUUCAGCAUUAAGAAUGGAAUAAUUCGAACACCAUGUAAUAGAUCCUCGAAUUUUUGCAAAAUGCUCGACAUGGAGUUGUACUUCAAGAAAGAAUAUCUUCAAGUUACCGGAUCAUUUAAGGAGCGUGGUGCACGCUACGCUCUUUCCAGACUUUCGAAAGAGGAAAAGGAAAUCGGCGUGAUUGCUGCUAGUGCAGGAAAUCAUGCGCUUGCACUCAGCUACCAUGGACAACAACUGAAAAUCCCGGUGACCGUUGUUAUGCCCGUUGUAGCACCAUUGAUGAAAAUUGGAAUGUGUAGAUCCUACGGUGCUAACGUCAUCCUUAAAGGAGAUAACAUUGGACAGGCAAGACUACACGCUAUGAAACUCGUCGCCGAGAAGAAGUACAAAUAUAUCAACGGUUAUGAUCAUCCAGAUAUUCUUGCCGGACAGGGCACAAUCGGAUUGGAGAUCCUUGAACAGGUACCAGAUGUUGACGCUAUUAUUGUUCCUGUCGGUGGUGCCGGUCUGAUCGCUGGCAUAGCAGUUGCUGUUAAAACAUUGAAACCACAAGUACAAGUCAUAGCAGUAGAGUCCGAUACAUGUCCAUCCUAUACGGAAGCAAUUAAAGCAGGAAAACCAGUCUUAGUAAGCGUUAGAAGUACUCUGGCUGAUGGUCUCGCUGUACCAAUGGUUGGCGGAAAUGCGUUGGCCACAUUGGAUGGAAUUGUUGAUAAGUCGCUGGUAGUUUGUGAAGAGACGACCGCUUUGAGUAUCUUACGACUUAUUGAAAUGGAAAAGGCUGUUGUGGAAGGCGGUGGUGCUGUUGGAGUCGCAGCGUUGAUAUCUGGACAACUACCAGAGUUACGUGGAAAGAAAGUUGUGACAAUUCUUACUGGAGGUAACAUUGACACAACUGUUCUGGGUCGCACAAUUGAACGAGGCUUAGCUGUUGAUAGUCGAUUAAUUCGUCUCGAAGUUGUUGUUUCGGAUCGACCUGGUGGUAUUGCUGAAUUGGCUUCACAAGUUGCUCACAUGGGUGCCAGUAUAAAAGACAUUUUCCAUGAACGUGCAUGGAUAGCUACUGAUGUAUUUUCAGUCAGGGUAAAAAUCGUGGCGGAAACAAGAGAUCGUCAUCAUGUAGCGGAGUUGGAAGAAAUGUUGCGUUCAAAAUAUGAAGAUGUCAAAGUGUCCUAG